AUGAGUUCUUCAAAGAUACGUUAUACUAGGCAAUACAUUGAGUGUCCGUUAGCUGGUGUUCCUGCAGAUUUUAAAGGUAACGUACUUCCUUUAAAAGUUCAUAUUUUACAGUAUUAUUUAUGGACAAGGUAUAAUUUAAAAUCUCCAAACUCGGGGAAGGAACCAACGGUUUUUGAGAUAUCUAACAUACUGUCUGACAAAAUUUUAAGUGUGUGGCAGAAAGCUUCAAUUCUUACCAUAACAAGAAAAAGUGUUUUACAAUUAAUAAAAACUCAUCACGACAAGUACUUAAAACUUUUGAGGUACCCGGAAGUUAAGAAAAAUGAUAGUUACAAUAUAUGUGUCCAGGAAUUUCAAACUGAGAACACUCGCCUGUUUGAUAUCAGCGCUUGCAAAUGCGAAAUUCUUGAACAAUGUUCUUGCGACAAGGGAAAAAAGGUACCUAAAAAUGAACGGGAGUUUUUACUAGAUCAAAGAGGACCUAGAAAAAUGAUUAAUGGAAAUAUCGAUUUAAAGGAAACCUUAAAGUUGACAAAUAAGGCAGGAAGAGUGGAAAAAGAGAUGCAAAGAAAAGAGCUACAACAAUCCGUUCAACACGAAAGCUGCAAUAACUUAUCAAGAAAGCGAAAGCUAGAAACUGAUCCAGAAAUAGAUCCUGAAUUGCCUUCCACUUCCCAUGCCAAUAUCAGUACAGAAAUGCAGUGUUCACAUAAUUAUUUUAAACUUCCUACCUUGGCCAAAGUCUGUGACCGCUAUGGAUAUCGGACAGAUCUGCAGUAG